GCGAAUAGCACGUGUGUCGGGAUAAACGGGAGUGCUGGAACGGAAAACUCCGCGGUUUUCGCGAGUUUCCCGACGUCGGGUGGCCAACGAAGUUGAGAAUUGUUACGAGGAACGGUUUAAUGGCUCUUCUUAAUUUUAUAUAAAAGCGACCAUAAAAUGGGACAACAGUGACAGCCAGAAAACUGUUGAGCGUGCGAUUGAAAAAUAGCGUGGAAUAAUAGAGAAUAAAUCCCUAAAAAUGUUUAUUCUCAUUGGACUUUCACUCGCUUUCAGUAUCGAUUGCAUCAAAGCGGCAGAGUUUAUGAAGACAAUUCCGAAAGGAAUUUGCACAGAUGGAUAUUUCCAAUGCGCUAAUCAUACAAUCUGCGUUCCUCAGCACCAAAACUGCGAUGGAAAGGAUGAUUGUCCCAAUGGAAGUGAUGAACAAGCUUGCGAUGAUCAGCAUGACGACGAAUAUUAUGAUCAUUUAUUCCGGAAGAAUCCAGCAGCAGAACAAGACGACUGGAGCGGAAAUAUUUGCUCAUUUGUGUACAAUGGUACAUGCCAAUGCCGGAAUGAAGAUUUAUAUUGCACACACCAAAACUUGGAUAGUGUUCCGGAUGAUCUUCCUUCUGCGAAGAUUUAUUUAUUGGACUUGACUGGAAAUAACUUCAAAAAUUUAACUCCAGAAUCCAUGAAAUACCUUUCCGAGCCGGUGGAAAAAAUGAUGUUGAGAUAUUGUAACAUAGAAGAAAUUCAUGAAAGGGCAUUCUUCCAAUUACAGGAUACUACAAGCUUAUAUUUAGAUAACAACUACAUCAAAUUUAUCCCGAAGAACAUUUUUCCGAUCCGAAAUAAAUUACAGCUUCUGUCUUUUAUGUUCAACCACAUAACGAAGAUUAGCACAGAUGCAUUUGCCAAUCUCAAGCACCUCAUAGAAUUAGAUUUGAGAUCAAACAAGAUAUCAGAAAUAGAUUCAGAAGUAUUUGAACCUUUAGUAAACCUCAAAAUUCUUUAUUUACAAAAGAAUGCAAUAUCGCACGUGAAAGUUAAUAGUUUUCCCAAUUUGCCAUUGGUGCAAUUAUCCCUAAUGGAGAACAAAAUCAACGAGAUGGAUCCGGGAUGUUUUUCGAAUUUAACGAGUUUGAAAAGUUUAUUUUUAUCGACAAAUCGCUUAACUGAACUGAAAAACGGAACAUUCGCCAAUUUAUCUUCCUUGGAAGCAUUGACAUUAAAUAACAAUUUUAUUAAAUCAAUAGAACUGGGGGUAUUCGAAGAUGUUCCAAAUUUACAAUCUCUGAAACUCGAUGGUAAUCAAUUCAGAUCGUUGGAUAAGAGAAUACUGGAAUCAUCACUUAAUUUGGAAACGAUAUAUUUCGAUCGAUUUGAGAUGUGUUCUGGUGCUCAACACGUCAGAAAUUGUUACCCAAAAGGCGAUGGAAUAUCGGAUCAGGAGCACAUGCUGGCCAAUCCAGUCCUCAGGACCUGCGUAUGGGUGAUGGGUGCAAUAGGCUGCACCGGAAACCUGAUAGUACUUCUCUGCCGCCGUUUCGCGCCCAAAACCAACAUAGUGCAUUCCCUGUACCUCAGAAAUCUCGCCCUAUCCGAUCUGCUCAUGGGAAUCUACCUCUUCAUCAUCGCAGCCGGAGACUCCCACUACAGGGGAGUCUACUUGAAAUUCGAGUACAAUUGGAGGCACAGCUACACGUGCAAAUUAUGCGGUUUUUUGAGCACCUUGUCCUGCGAAUCCUCCGUUCUGAUCCUAACGCUGGUCACCUGGGACCGGUUCAUAUCGGUGACGCAACCGCUGGCCCGCAAGCAGCCCUCGAUGAAGAUGGCCCUGGUGACGCUCAUCACCCUCUGGUGCUUCUCCACCAUCAUCGCCCUGGCUCCGCUCGUCGAUUUCACCAAAGAGUACUUCGGCGAGGAGUUCUACGGGAACAACGGGGUGUGUCUAUCGCUGCACAUUCACGAACCCUACGCCAAGGGUUGGCAGUAUUCCGCGGCGAUGUUCAUCCUGAUCAACGCGUUCGCGCUCGUGUUCAUUUGCUACGCGUACUUUCGCAUGAUCAACGAAAUCAAAUCCAGCGGCGUCGCCUGCAGAUCCACCAGGCAGAGCCAAGAUACUGACAAGGUGGCCCAGAGAUUCGGUAUUAUUGUUAUCACCGACUGUCUCUGCUGGGUGCCUGUUAUUCUCGUCAAAAUAGUCGCACUUUCAGGAAUAUCGAUACAUCAAGACCUCUACGCCUGGUUGGCGAUCUUCGUGCUUCCUAUCAAUUCCGCUCUGAAUCCUGUUUUAUACACGUUGACGACGACGAUUUUCAAAAAACAAAUUAGAAAAAUGAUGAAUUCCUGCUGCAGAAAGGGCGCUGAUCAGCAGCAUACGGCAACGGACUCGGGCUUUAGCCUCAGUUUCGGGGUUUUUCCUAUUAGAGGAAGCACGAAAAGGAUAUUAGGUUAUAGGGGAACGCAGACUAGUAGUUUGACUGGUAGCAAAACGAGCUGCAAACGAUCCACAGCCGUGUAAAUUGAAUCAUUUUUUAUAAACCAAAAAUGUAUCAGUGUGAAAUUAUUGUACGUACAUGUUUCAGAUAUGUGUAAUAGACUAUGGGCUUGUACAUAAUUAGUAAAAUGCGUGCCAAUUAAAUAGAAUUGUGUAAAUCUGCAGUCAUAUUUUUUAUGUUUAAUUUUUUCCCUGCAAGAAAUGUAAAAAUUAUGUACAAUGUUGACUGUUUUUAUAGUUUAUAAGUGGGAAUAUUUAAUGAGCUAAUGAAUUAAUUUAAUUCAGAAUCAUUGAACAUGCAUUUGAUGUGUAUAGAUAAGAGUAAAUUUUAUAAAUUACAUAAAAAAGUUACACAUAAAAGUGAUCGAGGGUAUUCGUGAUAAUGUUUAUUAUUUUGUAAUAAAUUUAUAAAUAAGAAUGAAUAAAUGUUUAAG